AUGUAUCCGGAAAAUGAUCGAGUUCUUCGAAAUUGUCAAAGCUAUGAGGUAAGUGAGACAAACUAAUAGACAAAAAAAAUACGCAAACACUUUUGCGUACAGUAAAACUCGAAAUCGCAUAGAUAAUUUUGUUUAGAAAUGUGUCAGCCGUCUUUUCUGUAACCAACAAGUCUCCGAAGUUAGAAAAACUAAACGAAAAUGUGAAAAAUAUCAAUUUUUCAAUGAUUUGAAACCGUGUUUGGACAAAAUAACAGAAAACGCCGAGAAAAAUCCAGAAUCGUGUUAUAACAAAGUGAAAGUGAAUUCGGAAGGAAAUGUGAGUAGGGCUGAUUCACGAACGAAAAAAAAUGUUUUAAAAUGUUUUUUUUAACAUUGAAAGAUCAAUUCACGAAAAGUCAAAAAAUGUCGAAAAAACAUUGUAGGUCAAAAUUAGUUUUUCGAGUUUUUCAGCCAAAAAUGAUGACAAAUCGAUAUUUUUCAAGCUUCUGGAGUAAUUUCUGAUUAAAAUUGACCUUUGGAAUUCACUUUUCAGAAGGUUUUGCUGAUUUUUAGUGAAAUAAAACAAUUUUAAAUUUUGAUGAAUUUCGAAAAAGUUAAUAAAAUAAAGCAAAAUAGGGUUCUCAAAGCUUAUUUUCAUCAGAAAUCACUCCAGAAGCUUGAAAAAUAUUGAUUUGUCAUCGUUUUUGGGUGAAAAACUCGAAAAACUAAUUUUGACCAACAAUGUUUUAUCGACAUUUUUUGACUUUUCGUGAAUUGUUUUCGAUGUUAAAAAAAACAUUUUUAAACAUUUUUUUCGUUCGUGAAUCAGCCCUAGUUUCAGAUCGAGAAAAAUCCAAUUUCCAGACAAAAUUUGUCUUUUCCAGUAUUGUCGACAAUGGGCUGUGGGGAAACCGUGUAUUGUGAAGGAAGUUAGGCUAAGAUGUGAGAAAGAGACUUAUCAAAAAUUAGAAGUAUAUAUGAAAUACUCGUGCGAGCGAUAUUAG